AUGCACACUCUGUCCACAGCUACAAGCCAUGAACCAACCAAGGUACGAGAAACGCUUCACCAAAUAGAAUCAUCGCCGCAUCCGGUUAAGGAGAGGUGGAAACCAACAGUAAUACCCGGUGCCCCAGGGUCGCUUCUAACAUUGGCUGUGGUCGCUCUGUCUUUGGUGGUUCUAGGACUGGUUUUCAUCAUUAUACUAAUGUCGUUGUACAUUUGGAAACAGACAAGAUCAGUUUUAGUCGUGAAAGGGAGACGCUUUGUUCCAAAUACGGAUGUGAUGGAUUAUAACCAACUGCAGUCAAGUUUGGAUCGCGAGGAUCCAGGGUACACGUCUCCUGGAAGUGAGGAACAACAGAGAGCGAUUGGACACAGGUCUGAAUACAUGACGACUCGUAGCCUAGAGAUUGCAGAGAUGAGCACGGUGAUGACUCUAUGUUACGUCAUUUUGUUUUUGUUCAUCCGAAAUACUAAGGGAAACUUGGAGUGCAACAAGUUAACGUCCUAUCCGUGCUGCGUCGACCAAUACCUCAAUAAAGUUAACAACAGCUGUACUGAGUGUCCCUUCGGAACCUUUGGCAUUAACUGUAAACUAUCCUGUCCCUCUGGAUAUUAUGGACGUCUGUGUAGAUCUAUCUGUGAGUGUGACGUCUCGGAGUGCCAUCACGUGACUGGCUGUAUAACGACACACGGAACAACAAGUGUUCAACCAGGAGAAAGAUUAAAAACAGAGCCAGAGGUUAACCUCUCCAUGAAUAUACUGACUAAGAAUGUUGAACAAAAGCAUAUGCAAGGUAAACGUAACGACUAG